UUAGGGUUCAUGCCUUUUCUUGUCAUGGAGCAAGCUACGUAGUAACUGCAGUAACGCGCCAGAGGAGGCGGAAGACUAGAGUCCUGCUUGACUACUCGGGCUUUCUCGUUUGAUCUAAUUGCAGGUAAACUACGAAGGAAAAUUUUGAGUCUCUUGUUGGGAAGAUGACUUGAAUUUGAGUGAAAUUACAGCAUGGACCCUUCUCAAAUCUUUGUUGAUCCAGACCCAGAAAGUAAACCAAAGGAUAAUGUAAAAAUUGCAUUGGAGAAAGUGAAUGGAGUAUUCUUGGCGACCCGGGAUCAACAGGGGCUUAGGUGUAUGAGUAAUUGUGAGGACACCACGUUUGAUAUUGAAUGUUUGUUGGAUCAACAUACUAAGGUAGAAGAUGAGGCCAUGGAUGUGGAAGUUGAUAUAAUUGAAUGUAUGAACACUAAUGCUAAUAGCUUGGAUGAAGCCGACGAUCCGGAUGCAACUGAAUACUCAAGUUCUUUUGGUGACACAAUUUCGGGAACUGAGGAUAAUUCAAGGUUGAGUGAUGCUGAAGUGGAGUCUCGGUACUGUGAUGACAAUGAUUUGGCUUCUACUUUCUUUGAUGGGCUUGAUAGUCUUUUUCGAAAAAGGAAGAAGAAGUUGACAGCUCAUUGGAGGAGGUAUAUACGGCCUCUAAUGUGGCGGUGUAAGUGGAUAGAAUUGCGGCUCAAGGAAUUUCAGUUGCAGGCAUUAAAAUAUGAUCGAGAACUUGCAGCAUAUGAUCAAAGAAAGCAGUGGGAGUUAGGAGACAAUACAUUAGAAGGUUGUGGAUUGAGGUCAUUACCAUUUACUGGACAAAGGGGAAGUAGUGUCAUGAAGAGGAGGAAAAGAAAGAGAGCUGAAGACAUCAUUGAUGUUCCAUCAUAUAUGUCACAUCAUAGCCUUUUCUCCUACUAUGAAAAUAAGAAGUCUGAUGUAGAUGUUGCUUCUGUGGGUGAUGAUUGUGGUGAUCAGGUUCCUGCAGCAGAUCAAAAUAACAGCAAUGAAGAGUUUGGUGUUAGUUACGAGUGGCGUGCACCUGAGUUCAAGGAUGAUGAUCCCUCAGAGCAAAUCCUUUGGAAUAUUGAAGUUUUGCAGUCUCGAGUUCAAAAGCUGAAAACUCGAAUUGACAAGGUGAUUUCUGGAAAUGCUGGGAAGUUCUCUUCCACUGAGAAUUUAAGCCUUCUUGUGCCAGGUGAUGUGCCCACUAGCUCUGCUCGAAGUCCUAAUUGUUCUCCUGGCAAUGGGGAAACUAUGCCAGUUGGAGUUUUGUAUACCCCCACGCAGCAUAUGUCAGAAUAUGACUUAGGAGACCUGGUUAUGCCUGAGAGUGCAGUUUCUAGUUACGGGGAAGCAGCUCCUCUUCCCGAUAUAUUUGAAAGCACAAUGGGAUUAUUAUCUACUACUGAUGUUGCUAUGGAUCAGCCACAGAUUGGAGACUCUUGUGAAGAUCAGAUUGGAGAUCAUGUUUUGAUACAUAAUCAGGUAACCCAGGAAGAUUUGCAUAAUUUUGAGGUUACUAUUCAGCCCCCAGAGAAGCUUCAGGAACAAGUGAAAGAAGAAGAAAAGGAGAGCAUGAUUCCUCUACUUCCAGCAAAAGAACCUGAACUGGCCUCAAAAACCUCAACACAGGAUCAGUUGACUCUAAAUUCCUGUUUAGCAUCCGAGUUUCAAGUUCCUAAGAACAAAAGAAAGCGAGGAGAGCGCAAAGCUAGUUCGGGUAGUUGGAGCCAUAGAUUCAAUCCUCGACUGGAUUUCUCUAAUUGCAGCCUGCAGGUUUAGAGCGUGGUAGAUUCAUGGCAUGCCCGAAUCUUCAAAAGAUGGGCCCCAUUCAUUUAUUUACCAUUUGGCUCUCAAGCUGGAACAUCCAAAUAUAGAGCCCAUCUUGAUCACAACCGAACUAUUUGGUGGAGCCUGCGUGGCACUGAACACUGGAAGUCUGGAACAGUUGUUAUUUCUUUGAAACAGAGCCUCGUCCACUUUACAGUCUGAAAAUCUUUCAUUUCUGUCAUUUGGGUUUAACCGUUCCUUUAUCUGGUCAAUUGAAAUAAAACUUUUCUUCGAUUUGAAAUAAUUCAAGGUGUGGUUCUUCGUAAUUUUGUUU